AUGGGUUGUGGUUUACCAUCCAAAACUUUCAAGCGCAAAAGUAGCCAAGAUGAAGAAGGAGAUACUUCCCUUCAAGAGCAAUAUAUUUCAUCUCCCUUAAAACUUGGGAGAGACCCUAAUGCUAGCACUUCAAAGGAUGGCCCUUUUGACUAUAAUGUCAAAGGGACGGCUUAUAAGAUCACAGUGGCACUCAUUUCAACCCCUGAGCGGUCUAUCACAAGUAAUUAA